CGUCCGUAUUAAUGCGCGGACGGAAAGCACAGCAUCUGUGUGUGAAGCGCUCGCUAACACCUCCGACACUUCUGCGUGUCAGUCUGUUUAAAAUACUAACUUACUCUUGCAUUAACAACCAUGAAGUUCCAGUACAAAGAAGAACAUCCUUUCGAGAAGAGGCGAUCAGAGGGAGAGAAAAUCAGGAAGAAAUAUCCAGACAGGGUUCCUGUAAUUGUGGAAAAAGCUCCCAAAGCCAGAAUAGGUGACCUAGACAAGAAGAAAUACCUGGUGCCCUCUGACCUGACGGUGGGCCAGUUUUACUUUCUCAUCCGAAAACGAAUCCACCUGAGAGCCGAGGAUGCUCUCUUCUUCUUUGUAAACAACGUCAUUCCCCCGACCUCCGCCACCAUGGGCCAGCUGUACCAGGAACACCAUGAAGAAGAUUUCUUCCUUUACAUCGCCUACAGUGACGAGAGUGUGUAUGGAGAAUAAAGCCAAAGAGAAACGACACUCAUCUCUCUCUCUCUCUCUCUCUCUCUCUCUCCUCCUUUUAAAUCAGUCUAUAGACGUCAUGCUGGCAGCCUAGAGCUCUCAGCACUGAAGUAUCAGAUGCACUUUCGCUUUUGGUUUUUCCAUAUCUCCUUUUGUGUUUUUAUCAUUCGACCUGACGUUCAAUUCUGACUUUUAUUAACCAUUUACUAAGAAGCAGUGUUUCAUUUUUCAUGAAUCUUACAAAGCUCUAAUGCUAUGAAAAUGUCACUAAUGGUGUUAAAGUUCACAUUUAUUUCCGCUUCUAUGCUGGCGUGUCCAGUUAUAAUAUUUAGACCUUUCCUAGUCAAGCUGGUUUUUAUUUAUUUAUUAUUAUUUUUGCUUUUUCUAGAUGGUUUCUAACUAGCAUGUGCAGUCCAGCACUCGCUGGUCAGUCAGUCCAGAAAAGGGACUUAAGUAUAUUCUGUGGAACUUAAGUCUAAUAUGCUGUUGUUACCUUGAUUUACUUUUAUUUUCGUCUUUAAGUGAAUGUAGAUGGUUAGAUUUAUUUUAAGUUGUAAAUCUAAAGUGCAAGUUUUAUUUGCAGUUCUGUUUAGUUUUAUUUUUUUUUAAUCUUGGUAUUCAGUUGUAUUUCUGGUACCCUUUACAAUGACCAUAUAAACCAAAUGCACACCAAA